CGAUAGAGCAUUUCUCUUUCCCCUUCCACCGGCUCCUGCUUUCUCGGGCGAAGACGCGAAGGAAGGGAAGGGAGGGGGAAAAAAAAAUAGCUCACAGAGACGAGCCUGGGCAAAACAGGCCACGUGCUUAACGCGCGAAGGGAAAGCGGCUGGCAAAGGAGGCGAUUUUUUUUUUUUUUAAAGAAAGAAGAGCGAGGCGGCGCGGCCUUUUCCUAGCCGGCUUUCUCCCUCCGCUAGCGGCCAAGCCGGCCUCGCUCUCCCAACCUCUUUCUGCCCUCACAGCCCCGGAAAGAAGAGGCGGAGGAGGGAAGAGCAGCGUAGAUCCUGUGUGAUCUCCACGCCGGGGAUGUGUGGUUGUUUCCCGCCGCUGCCACCCCCCUCCGGCUCCCAUCACUUUCCGGCGGCCGGCUCGCCCACUUCGGGCUGAGGCGGGGCGCUCCGAGCUCGCUCAAGUGGGUGGGGUGGAGAUGGUGUGUUUUUUUUCUUUCCCCUCCUUGGGGUUCUGAUAAUGGAAAAAACGCCCGGAGAUAUUUCUGGCGGUGGAGGUAAUGGUGCCGCCGGCGUCCCUCCUCCUCCUUUUUUUUCCACCAGCGGCAGAUUAUUGUGUGGGAGGAGGGCAGGAGCGGCGGUGGCGACAGGGAUGGACUUGGUGUUUGGGAUUUCUUGCUAAAGGGAGCAACGCAACCGCUCCGCGCACCAGACCAGAAAAGGAGGCGGACGCGAGUGGAGCCGCUGCUGAUCUCUGAUGCCUCGCCGCCUUGCUGGGGAAAGCCGGCAGCCUCGUUUUUAAAGAAGCAUCCACUUCUUCCUCCCUUCUUCGUCUCUCUCUCCUGCUUUCCCACCUGGUAGCUUCCCCGCUCCGGCAGAUGUGUUUGGGGUCGCUGCGCAGCUGGGACUAUGGUGAAAUUUCCGGCGCUCACCAACUAUUGGCCCCUCAUUCGCUUCUUGGUCCCUUUGGGCAUCACCAACAUCGCCAUCGACUUCGGGGAACAGGCCUUGAAUAGAGGUAUUGCAGCUGUUAAGGAAGAUGCUGUGGAAAUGCUGGCCAGCUAUGGCUUGGCAUACUCCCUCAUGAAGUUUUUCACAGGACCAAUGAGUGAUUUCAAAAAUGUGGGUCUGGUUUUUGUCAACAGUAAGAGAGACAGAACCAAAGCAGUUUUGUGUAUGGUUGUAGCUGGUGCUAUAGCUGCAGUGUUUCAUACCUUGAUAGCAUACAGUGAUCUGGGUUACUACAUCAUUAACAAGUUGCAUCAUGUUGACGAUUCUGUGGGAAGUAAAACACGCAAGGCCUUCCUUUAUCUUGCAGCUUUUCCUUUCAUGGAUGCCAUGGCUUGGACACAUGCAGGCAUUCUUCUGAAACACAAACACAGCUUUCUGGUUGGAUGUGCCUCCAUUUCAGAUGUCAUUGCUCAGGUGGUUUUUGUGGCUAUUUUACUACACAGUCACUUGGAAUGCCGAGAGCCGCUUCUCAUCCCAAUCCUGUCUUUGUACAUGGGAGCACUCGUCCGAUGUACCACGUUAUGCCUGGGUUACUACAGAAACAUUCAUGAUAUUAUUCCUGACCAUAGCGGGCCAGAGAUGGGAGGAGAUGCUACGAUAAAAAAGAUGCUAACUUUCUGGUGGCCUUUGGCAUUAAUUUUGGCCACUCAGAGAAUCAGUAGACCCAUUGUGAACCUCUUUGUAUCCCGCGAUCUUGGUGGCAGUUCGGCAGCCACAGAGGCAGUUGCAAUUUUGACAGCUACGUAUCCAGUGGGACACAUGCCAUAUGGCUGGUUGACAGAGAUCCGAGCUGUUUACCCUGCUUUUGACAAGAACAAUCCCAGCAAUAAAAUGGUGAAUUCCAGCAGUACUGUCACAGGAACCCACAUCAAAAAGUUUACUUUUGUCUGCAUGGCCCUCUCUUUAACGCUCUGCUUUGUAAUGUUUUGGACGCCUAAUGUAUCUGAGAAGAUCUUGAUUGACAUCAUUGGAGUUGAUUUUGCUUUUGCAGAGCUCUGUGUCAUUCCUCUUCGCAUCUUCUCCUUCUUUCCUGUUCCAGUCACAGUAAGAGCACAUUUGACAGGAUGGUUGAUGACCUUGAAAAAGACUUUUGUCCUAGCUCCUAGCUCAGUACUGCGCAUCAUUGUUCUCAUCACCAGUUUGAUUGUGCUGCCUUAUUUAGGGGUCCAUGGAGCUACUCUAGGUGUAGGAUCACUUCUUGCUGGCUUUGUAGGAGAAUCAACUAUGGUUGCAAUAGCAGCUUGUUAUGUGUAUCAAAAACAGAAAAAGAAGAGGAAUGAUAAUGAGACUGCGACAGAAGGUGAAGACUCAGCAAUGACUGACAUGCCUCCAACAGAAGAAAUGACGGACAUCGUAGAAAUGAGAGAAGAUAAUGAAUAAUAAAUGAAAAUUCUGCAGGGAAAACUGGAAGUUUACUUCUCUCACACUUUACUUUUAAUAAUGAGGCCUUGCUUCUGAAGGUUUCAGAUAAUGAAUUCAUAGCAUACCAAGUAUGCUGGCAUGGAUGAGGAACUUAAAGGAACAGUCUCUAUUUUUCUUCUUCCCCUUCCACUGAUUCUUUUUUCUCAUUUCAUGCAAUAGCAAAAGACAUGGCGGCUAUUCAGUAGAGGAAACCUAUGUUUUUGGGACCUUAUCUUUCUUUGGUCAACCAAAGUCUCUCUGUUGAUUCAUGGAUUGUGUUGCCGUCCUGCAUCAUCUUCUUAUACCUGCCCCAUUUCUUUUUAUUAUUGUUAAUGAAAUAUAAAAAUACAACGGGGGUUUGUGGGGAGGGGGAUCAUUAGCUUUAUUUUGCUUGCUGAAACAUGACCUUACUCCUUUGAUCUGUAUCAUGGUGGAGCCCUGAGAUUGGCUUUCUUAUUAUUCAGUGUAAUAUAUUGUAUACUGCUAAGACUACCAAACAAGAUCCUUUAGUCAAAAAAGAGUGAGAGAUGAAAUAUCUUAAAGAGACUUUGAUAAAUACAGAAUAAAACUAAAUACAGGGUAACACUUCUAUUUAAGAUUAAUUGUUAUCUAUGAUACAAAAGAGAGUUUUCCCUUUGGUAGUCAACUGUGAACCAUCUGUAUUACACUAACCUUGUAACUGUUUUCUAAAAACGAUUGUGGACCUUUAAAUCAGAAGCUUUAUUACAAUAUUGGUGUCCUAUCUAAAACUUUA